AUGUUUGAAUGGAUUACAUCAUGGUUUCAAGCUGAACCAGUACCAAUCGAAAUUAAAACUGAUAUAGAUCAUACUGUAAAUUCCAAUAAAGUUGUUGUUUAUUCAAAAACCUAUUGUCCUUAUUGUAGCUCAACAAAAUCUUUAUUUGAAAAUUUGAAAGUUCCAAAUGUUAAAGUUGUUGAAUUAAAUUUAUUAAAUAAAGGUUCAUUAAUUCAAAGAGGUUUAUAUGAAAAAACUGGACAAAAUACAGUACCUAACAUUUUUAUAAAUCAAAAACAUGUAGGUGGUAACUCAGAUUUACAAGCUUUGAAUGCGCAAGGUAAGUUGAAGCAAUUAUUAGAGUAA